AUGAUUGCAUCAAAAUCGAUCGAUUCAAAAAAAAGAGAAAUCUUAACCCGCACUCGACGACGUUAUAUCUUUCAAAACGCGUUCAAAAACGAUCGAAACGCAUUCCUCGAAGUUGUCCUCAGAGGUAACGGCGCGAUCGCCGAGGAGGAAUUAAACAUCAACGUCUCCCAAGACAUCUGCAACGGUUCCGGUCGAGUUUCUUUGAACUUGACCCCGGGGUGGAUGCCGCGCGCCAACUUGGACAAGAACUUCGACAACAACUGCUCGCCGGCGGAUUUGGCGUCGCAAGCGUCCAACGUCGCGAGCGACUGGGAAGUUUCCGUCUCUAAAGACGUGACCAUCUUGGAUCAAGCGAUGAAGGUUGUCGCGGACUUGCCGUUGAACAAGAAGGCGGCGAGAGUUGCGGUGACGACGAACGUCGACAAGCUCGGCGACGUUACCUUGAACUUGGUCCAAAGAGGCAACACGAACCACUUGAGAGACAACCAAGCGGUCAACUCGAACGUCUGCUCGGUCGCUUUUGCGUUGCCGUUGAAGGAAGUCAUCGAUAACGACUCCAUCUCUGCGGAUGUUUCGUACGACGUCUUGUCCAACGACGCCAAGGUGAGAGCGUACUACAACAACGGCGACGUGAACGUCAAGUUGCAAUCGGUGUACAACACCAAGAGCAACUCCGCCAACUCCAUGGCGGUGUUGACGUACACCACGGACGACAUCAAGGCGUCCGUCUCCGCCGAUCCGGACAUGAACGGUGAACUUCGCGUGUCCAAGGACAGAUAUUCCGUUCGAUGCCCGUACAACAAGUCUGGCGUCAACACCGACGACAUCCAACUCCGCGUCGACUGGUCGCAAGACUUGUAA